AUGCCGGCCAUUUUGACGAAGAUACGCGAGCAAGCGUUUAGGGUUCAGCCGACGAUCGCUGUAGGCGUGGGCGUGGGCGUGGCACUAGCAGCCUGUGCUCUCUACGGAACCCGCGAGAAGAAGCAAGCCCCACCUUGUCACAAUAAUAAUAAUUAUAAGGUAGCGAAAAACGGAAAAUUACAAUCAGUGGAAAAUGGAGGCACUGAAACACAAAGCUGUGGGGGUCGUUGUGGGGCGGAACAGUGCGCCCUCUGCCGGGGUGAUGUCGACACAGACAACAAACAAAACAUUGAGGACGCCGAUGAAACUCAAUCUCAAUCAGUCGAAGAGCACGUGCCCGGAUUGAACUUGGAGUUUCUCAGACAGCUGGUCUCCCUCGCCAAGAUUAUGGUGCCAGGAUUCCGUAGUCACGAAGUGGCCCUGCUGUCGGCGCAUACGCUGUGUCUUUUCACCAGAACGUUCCUCUCUAUAUACGUAGCCUCUCUAGAAGGUUCUAUAGUAAAACACAUAGUGCAAAAGGAUAUGCGGGCGUUCGCUGCGUUACUUCUGCAAUGGUUCGGCAUCGCUGUACCAGCCACCUUCAUCAACUCCAUGAUCCGAUACCUGGAAGGCAGGUUGGCUCUGGCCUUCAGAACCAGAUUGGUGAACCACGCGUAUGAACUGUACUUCAAGAACCAGACUUACUAUAGAGUUGCGAACUUAGACGCCCGGAUAGAGAAUGCUGAUCAUCGAUUAACGGAGGACGUUUCUGUGUUUGCGCAGUCUGUAGCACAUUUGUACAGUUCCCUCACGAAGCCAUGUUUCGACCUGCUCCUCAUCGUUUUGACGCUUGCCAGUUAUUCUAGCAAAAUGAAGGGAAAUAUAUUCUUAGGACCUGGAAUAGCGACAUUUGUAAUAUGCCUAACUGGUCAAUUACUACGGCUACUGAGUCCGAGGUUCGGUGCUCUGGCGGGCGAAGAGGCGAGAAUGAAGGCCAACCUUCGACACGUACAUUCUAGACUGAUAGCGCACGCAGAAGAGGUCGCUUUCUAUGGAGGACAUAAUGUGGAGUUAGGUCAAUUACAAUCAGCGUACAAAGAGCUGGUCGCUCAAAUGACGUCGGUGUUCAACAAGAAGCUGUGGUACGUGAUGCUGGAGCAGUUCUGCAUGAAGUAUGUCUGGUCUGGCACUGGGAUGGUCAUGUUGGCUUUGCCUAUACUCACGGGAAAGAAGUUAGAUGGCACCGAAGGGGAAGGUAUCAGCGCCCGGACAGAAUACAUGACUACGUCACGAAACUUGUUAAACUCAGCCGCAGAUGCUAUAGAGAGGCUCAUGUCUAGUUAUAAGGAAAUUGUAACCCUAGCUGGUUACGCGACGCGCGUCUCGGACAUGCUGGUCGUGUUUGGGGAAGUGGCGCGCGGGAAAUGCGUACGCGCAGUGCACGUGUCCGCGCCUUCUGCAAAUGGCUUCCAAGUGACGUUCCGGGAUAAACAGCCAGUGCCCAUGGGCAAAGUGACGUACACGAACGAUUUAUCAAUACGCGUACGCAACGUACCAAUUGUGACGCCAGCCUGUGACGUAGUCGCGAGUGGGGUGAGCCUGGACCUGACCCCGGGAACCCACCUCUUAAUAGUUGGACCUAAUGGCUGCGGCAAGUCUAGUUUGUUCCGCAUCAUCUCCGGUCUGUGGCCGGUGUUUGGCGGCGAGUUAAGCGUGCCACAGCCUUGUGAGUGCGCUCACUGCGCCGGCGAGCCCAGUGCACCCCCGCAUUGUACUAACCGACCCAUGAUGUUCUACAUACCACAAAGGCCAUACAUGUCAAUGGGAUCUCUGAUCGACCAAAUAACUUAUCCGUCUCGUGUCGCUGACGAUGACGUCGAGGCGGAAGCGCGUGCGAUGCACAUCCUGCGUGUCGUGCGUCUCGACGCGUGCGCAGCUAGACACGGUGGGUUGCGCGCCGUGUGUGAUUGGCGCGCUACUCUCUCAGGUGGGGAGAAGCAACGCGUCGCGUGCGCAAGGAUGUUUUAUCACAGACCCGUGUACGCCUUGCUGGAUGAAUGCACAAGUGCCGUUUCCAUGGAAACGGAAGUAGUUAUGUACGAAGAGGCUAUCAAAGAAGGAAUCACUUUACUAUCGAUAACACAUAGGCCCAGUGUAUGGAAAUAUCACACGCACGUGCUAGAGUUCGACGGUGCAGGCAACUGGUCGUUUAGACCUUUAGAAAAAGAUGUUCCAGCCGUGACUCCUCUGGCACCACCAGCUAUCGAAGCGAAACCAAGCAGUGAAUCAGAAGUGCCUAAGGAAUGA